CUGUUCAUCUGAUUUAUCAACCGUAACCGUAGCGUAAAUUUAGUUCGUGUAUCGCUGGAGUAGAAAGUAACUACGAGUCUGUCUUCAACCACUUGUUUUCUUGUUUGGGAUUUGGAUGCGUAAUUGUUUUGUUGCGACGUUGAAAGGAAUUUUUUCAUAAACGUUCUAUUGCCUUAAUAUUUUAAAGAAGAAAUGACGAUAAAAGUAUAUAUUUCAGGUAUAUCGGGAAACCAUGAGAUUCGUAAACAGCAACAAAGAGUGCUGUUUAUUUUGUCAUCUCUGAAAAUAGAUUUUGAAGUCAUAGAUAUAACAGAAAUGGGCAAAGAAAAUGAGAGGGAAUUUAUGCGAACUCAGUGCAAGCUUCAUAACAAACCAAAUCCUUUACCUCCUCAAAUUUUCAAUGAGGAGGAUUAUUGUGGUGAUUAUGAAGAUUUUGAAGCAGCAAAUGAAGAUGAUCAGUUAAUGCCUUUUCUGAAAUUGGGUAGUGGGAAAAUUUCUCAAGGUGAUAAUGGAGUGUGUGAAGAUAGUAAAGAGACAAAUCAAAUAUUGAGUAAUGUAGAAACAGGAGAGAGUGAAGUUCUUAAAGCGUAAGAGACUGAAGUUGGUAGCAGCUGUAUUACAAUACUGACCACCAUACUUUGUUUUAGUUUUUUAUAAUAAAUGGUAGAUAGAUUUUUUUAUAAAAUACAUAUAUCUAUAUAUAUGACUAUUUCAUAUGUAGUCUUGUAUGUACACUUUUCCUACUGAAUAUAGAUUUGCUCAUCAUUUUGGCUUAUAUACACUUUUUAUUUAUUGCAAAACUUUUUUUACGUAUUACAAUUUUUUUGAAGGACCGAAUUUGUUCAGAAACUUGUCUAUGUUCGUUUUUAUAAUUGUAAGCAAAGCUUCUUGUAUAUUAGAAUUUCAUUGAAUGAAAAGAUAGGCUUUUAUAAGAAUUGAUUUGUUUUUUCUUUUUAUUAUGCUGGAAGUGUAGUUAAAAAAUUUAAUUGUGCCAAACUAAUCAUUGGUUCAAACUGUUGCAAGAGGCAUUUCUUUUUUUGAUAUAUCUGUGUAGUUUUUAAGUUUUUUUUCUUGUGUAUAAAUAUUGCUGUUGAAAUACUUGCUUAACUUUAUUGGUGCAUUUAAGUAUUAAUGUAUUUUGCCUUAUAUAAAAAUGAGUAUUAUAAUACUUACAUUGAUAAACAUAUUUUACAUUGUGCACAUACAAAUUUUUAUAAUCUAUUGACGUUUUAUUUUUGUUUUACAUUUUUUGUGCUAUUGCUUCUAAUUAGAGUUAUGUGCACAUAUUUCAGUCAUUGUCUUUGUUCAUUUACAUUAAUGGUUCAUUUUUAUAAUCUGAAGUUUAAGGAAAACUUCAUUGCUUAUCUCUGUAAUUAUUUAUGAAUGAAUUUCACAUCAAAGUAAAUAACUUU